UCCGCACCAGAGGACAACCUCUGAAAAACUGCUCGCCAAUAUCAUCUCCAUUUACRAGAUUUUUCAUUUUAAAACUUAAAAACACCUCUGUAGAAUGAUGAAAAAUACAUUUUUCUUUGCUGCAUUAUUUUUACUAGAUUUCUUCACCUGCUUUCAUGCUUAUCUGCAAUAUCCCUUGCCUGACAUAGAAGAUGCAAAGUUCAUUGAAGAUUGUGUGAGAGCUCACAACACAUUUCGAUCCRAAGUGAAUCCACCAGCCAGCAAUAUGUUUCGCAUGUCCUGGGAYGCUGCUUUAGCUAAGACUGCCAAAGCAUGGGCAAAGAAGUGCAAGUUUAAGCACAAUAUCUACCUUGAAGUGCCAGGGAAAAUGCACCCUACAUUCCGACAUGUUGGAGAAAACAUCUGGACUGGCACGGCCCACAUCUUCUCUGUGGAUGCCGCUCUCAAGGCCUGGUUUAAUGAAGUCAGCAGCUAUGAUUUCAGCACCAAUAAAUGUAGUGGCAUGUGUGGUCACUACACUCAGGUUGUUUGGGCAGAGAGUUACAAAGUUGGCUGYGCAGUUCACUUCUGCAAUGAAGUUGAAAAUUUUCCAGGACUGUUCAAAGCAGCACACUUUGUUUGUGACUAUGGGCCACCAGGGAAUUACCCAAGAAAACCAUAUAAAGAAGGACAGCCAUGCAGUAGAUGCAGUAAUGACAAGUGUGUAGACAAGCUCUGUGAAAAUACAGAACGUGAGAAGCUGAUAAGUUAUGCCAACUGGCAUCCAGAUUGGGAUACACAGCCGCAGCCCCAGCCACCACGGCCCCAUCCCCCCAGGCCUCCUGUGCCACCAUCCAUCCCACCUGCUGAGCAUCCACAUCCCUCUUGUGACCAAUACUGCCUCAGUGUUUUAAUUUUAAGGCCACUUCUUCUCGUACUGAGUGCUGGUGCUGUACUUCUAGUACAACAACGAUUUCCACACACAUUUUUUUAUGAGUAAUAGUCAAUUAAGAUAUUGAUAGUCAUCCUGUAUUACUGCUGUAUUACUCUCAUACAAUUGUACUAAUUUAAAAAAAAAAAAACACUUUUGGUCAUCUCUCAUUAUCCCUGAGAUGUUUAUCCAGCAUAGGAAAGGCUGCUUCUUCACUCAAGGCAAAUAUUGGCUGUAGUUGCAACAUGCUUCUAUGUCUGUACAAGCCUCUUAGCUCUAGGGGUAGAUUACUAGAGGGACCACGGAGACUACGUAUUACUCCAUGUGCUUAACAAUCCUCCUGGAAACCUGAGGCAUYACAAAGACAUGUAUGAAGGGGCACAUCCAAAAAAAGCAGUAAUUGAUCUUCAUUAACCUUCAGUUAUCCCAGGCACAAUUUUCGCCAGAAAAUGGAGAUUUAACUGCAAAUAUUACUUUCUAUAAACAGGAGUAAAGCUUGUCAUUUGUUGUAUUUAGCCUGUUACUCUACUGUCAGUUGCACUAUUCAGUUCUGCUCUCAGUUAAUCUUUGUUCUCCAUAAAUAGAAGAAUACCAGGGAAAGAUGACAGAGUAAGGAUUAAGGUAGGGUGUCAAUGGGGAAAUCUUAAUUUUAGGAUGUGAGAUGGUGAAAAUAUCUAAAAUAAAGAGUAGAUGAAAGCCAUCCUGAGCUUUCAGGCAGCAGGAAACAGACAGAAGAUGAAAUGAGCCCAGGACAGAUUCUGGUUUAGAAAUUGAAGAUUUCAGCCUCAUUUAAAAAGACCAAACCACUGAUGGAUUCAGUUUCUUUUAAGAGACAUUUACCCCUCAACCAGGCCCCUAUUGUUCCAAUAUAUGUUUAUUAGUAAGGGGAAUAAAGCAGUCUUUCAAGACAGGAGAUUCUGGCUGAUAUUAGCAAUGCA